UUAGCCUGCAUCAGUGAUAAAGGCAAUCGAGAAGGCCACUUGCAACGAGUUGCAGAUUCGAUUGUUCUCUGUAACUCGCAUUCUUUCUCGUUUGUUUGACAAUCACUCAACCUUUCUUCCCAAGCUUAUCGAGAUGAAGUUUGUUGCUGCUACUUCGGCUCUUCUGCUGGUUUCCGGUGUCGUGGGCUUUGCUCCCAUGCCAACCGUCCGGCACAGCACUCAACUCGCAAGCUGGAAUCAAGGCGAAGGUGGCAUGGACAUGUCUGGAAACGCAUGGAAGCCAGACUCUGAAAAGAUGGGGUCCACUGACACUGGAGAUUACUUCCCAGAAGGGUACGAAUCCGAUGUGAGCUACCAAGACGGUAUGAUGGGCUCUCAGGCAGGUGGGGGAGGGGGCCGUGAUGGUCCUGCCCUUCCCGGAAUGGAAAACCUUGGAGAAGAUGCCGUCAUGAUGGGUGGGAUUGAACAAGCUUCCGACAUUCCUGCCGGCAUGGAAUUCGUCCCAUCAUCGGUUCCAGACGGAGAAUACACAAUGCAAGUCGCAGGAAGCUCUUCCGGUGGCUCUUUGGAUAUUGAGGUGAAACCAGUUUGCAUGACAUUUGAAGACUUUUUCGCUGCCUUCUCGGCGGAUUCUCAUCCAUCGCUAUCGGUGUCACCUUCCACUGGCCGCAUGGACCGACGAGGAGGAGAAACAUCCCCAUUGACAAUCACCUGCGACCCCAAGGGUCAAGCUGGAACCUUUACCGGAGACUUGGUCAUCAAUCUGCCAGAAGAUAAUUCCAAGAUUUGCUACAAGGUGACAGCCAAUGUGUUCUAAAUGAGUUCAAUUCGAUUCGUUCGAUGUUGCCGAAGCAGUAUAUAUACCGCCGCACAGGAUGUUACAGAUAGGAUUGUGAAAACCACAAAACGUGACCAUUUGGCGGCAUGUUCACACGGUGGCUACCUUAGGAAGAUCCAAUACAAUUAACUGAUAAAUGAUUCCAUUUGAGCAAGUGAGUUUUAAUAGAGGCCA